CACUAUUUGGGAAUCCAGGUAAGCGCAGCGACGUUACUGCAAUAUAAUGAUAAAAUCAUUAAGUGAUGAUAUUGUAUAUUGGUAUUUGGAAUUUGUCAGCGCAAAAUUCUUUGCGGAUCAUACUGGGUGAUGAUAUCGAUACACUUAAAUUUUCCUAACACUAAAUUCUUUACGGAAAAACGGUAGAGGGUGGAUGCAGGAGCGCUGUUGAUUUCCAGAGAAAAUCCUAGCCGUCAUUAGGUUUUUUUCUUUUCAGUUUCUCAGUUUCAUUUUCUUUUCUUCCCUUUUCUAGAAACCCAAAUUCCAAAAUUUAUCUUCGUUCCCUGAUUUAUUUUAUCAAGUUCAGAUUUUUAUUUCAAUUUAUCUCUAAGUUAUAAGUGAUGAUGUCGAAAAAGAAGAGAACUUUAAGGUUGAACAACAAGAAAAGAGACAAAGAAAUCGAUGCUGAUCAUGCUGCAGCUCAUCUUCCUGAGGAACUCGUAAUCGAAAACAUUCUCACCGGAUUACCAGUUCGAACUCUAGCUCAGUGGAGCUGCGUCAGUAAGUUAUGGUACAAUUCAAUUUUUAAUGAUACACGAUUUGCUAAGGCUCACUUUGCUAAUAGCAAAAAUCGUAAAUUGAAUCUAUUUGUUGAUGUUCUUAAUGUAUGGGCACGUGAUAAGAGAAAAGCUUGCUUUUUGAGCUUAGAAAAUGAUUUCAAAUAUAGAUCGUAUAUGAACGUAAAUUUGCCAGAAACAAGUGAACCAGUAGGUUAUUGUAAUGGUUUAGCUUGUAUAACACUAGUACCUAAAUCUGCUAAGGAUCCGGCUUCAAUGAUUGUCAUUAACCCGUCUAGGGGUGAAACACUUUCCCUCCCCUAUUUUCAACCCAACAAUGGUGGAUGCGAAUAUUUGUGUCAUGGUCUGGGUUUUGAUUCAUUGUCAGAGGAGUAUAAGGUUGUAAUUAUAUUUACUUCGAAGGACAAUACGAAGUUUAUCACCAUGGUCUGUACUUUGGGUACUAAAUCAUGGAGAAACUUAGUUACUAGUGUUGCUGAAAUCUCCCCACCACCAGGUUGUUCUCCUUUUCCUAAUCGAAUGGUAUCAAAAGCUUGGGGAAAUAUUCGUACACCAGCCACCCUUUGCGGGGGCAAUCUUUUCUGGAGGAUAACCAAUAGGGAAGUAGAAGAAGAUGAGGUAAUAAUCAAUAAUAAUCAAUAUGAAAUUCAUUAUAAUGAUAAGGUUGGCAUGCUGCUCUCGUUCGACAUUCACAAGGAGAAGAUUCAAUUCAUUCGACUCCCGGCUGAAUGCAAUCUGAUCCCAACCCCGACAACGACCGCAAUGAUUAAUAUAGUGGUUGAACAUCAUCUUCUGGAGUAUAAAGGAUAUCCUUGUGUUGCAGUGUUUGAAAAAACAGUGGAUAGCGGCAUACAUCAUGGCCGCCAUCGCCGUAAUACUCAGACUAGUUUUUGUUGUUGCCGUUUAACGAUUCAACUAUGUAUAUUGAAGAACAAGGAAAAGCAAGUGUGGAUCAAGGGGGAAAGUUUCAGUGUUCAAGUUAAGGAGCUAGGUUUACUACCAGGUCCCUUCUGCUGUUACUUUGACACUACUACUGCUACUACUGCAAGCUUUCCCACCCGAAUACUGAGCAUCUCUGAUCAGGUAUUGUUAUAUUCUUUUGAUGGAGAAUGUCUUAAAUUCUACAAUUUUCAAACAAAACAUCUCGAGGUGGUACGAUCAUCCUCCUGUGAUUUGCGAAGUCGUGGCAUUUUUGAAGCUAAGAUGAAAGGAUCCCCCUCAGGCAACGGUAUUGAUGAUAAAGAUUACAAAGAAGAUGAUAUGUAUUGCCCCUACUUGGAUUAUCAACUACAUGCUCAAGUUGAAAACAUCCAUUCCCUGAAAACCUUCAUUCCUGCAGGAGAAACUAGAACGUUUGAUCAGUUUAAUGAUUUUAUACAGUUUUUGGUAUCAAAAGAUAAUGAUUUUGCUGCAGGAUGGGUGGAUACACUAAGAAAACCAGUAAAAAUUCAUGCUUUCUUUUAGGGGAUAAAAAAAGCUAUCAGAAGGACAGCAUUGAUCUGGGCCGGCCACCGGAUGGGCACCACCACCACCAGCCAAAUUCAUCACUGCGCCUUCCUCCCACUUUAAUCAAUUUUUUUACAACCCGUUUGCUUAUAUCAUUCAAAAAAAUUGGCUGGCUGUACUCAUCCAACGGGUUUUGGUAUACAAUCUCGUUAUACAAUAACUAAUUAUAUUUUGAAUGGAAAACAAAACAAAAUCCCAAUACAGUUAGUAGUGGUUCUAAUCGUGGAAAAGUAUGGGCUGGAAGAAUCUGAAAAGAGCAUGGUAACUGCAUAGCUAAUAUUGAUAGUGGUUGAAUGUCUUUCUUAUCUUAUUUUAUUGCCUGUAGUCUUCUUUGGGCACUAUAUUGCAGAACAUAAUUGCACUGUGUUUUAUUGCCUGUUUCUUUGAUUUUGUUAUUUUGUUGAUUUUCCAGGGUUUAGAUGCUGAUGGAUUAGUCCUCUGAGCAGAAGGUUUUGCUUUGAGAUCAACAGUCUUUUUUCUUGUGCACUAUAAUGCAGAACAUAUUUUCUUUGAUAAGUAAAAAGAAUUGCACAUCCAGGGAAGAAUCGAACCCUGGUCGGUGCCGUGCGAGGGUACUAUGAUAUCACUACGCCAGAUGUGCCUUGUUCUAUUGCAGAACAUAAUUGCACUGCAUUUUACUGCCUGUUUCUUUGAUUUUGUUAUUUUCGUUUUUCUUUAACAUCAACAAAUAUGGAGAAAUUUUCAGUAGGGAAGAAAAGAUAGAGGUAGUCUUCUCAUUGUGUUUAUCUCCUUCAAUCUUUUUAUCAUGGACAUUUUAGUAGGAAAAAAUGGACUUGGCUAGACCAUCAGUAUCAUUUUUAAUGAAAAACUCUUCUCUUUCAUAAAUUAACUCAUUUUAUGUUCAGAUGUUGUGUUGAUAUUUGAUGUUAAGGAGAAAUCACACGGAAUCGAACUGAGGUAUUUUUUAUGUUUGAUUUUAAGGUUACAGGUUUUAUCGGUCAAUUGUAAUAUUGAUUCCAUUAAUCAUUUCGGUUAUUUCUUUAAAUCUGGGUUUUGGUUAUCAGUUGAAGAUCUGAUUUUGGGUAUGACUUGAAUUUCAGUCGAACACUAAUUUUUAGUUGGGGUGUUAAAUGUUUAAAUGUUUUCCCUAUACAUCUAAUUGUUUGUUGAAAUGCCCAAUAGAAGAAUAAUGUUCAGUUUUCUUUUGGUUCUUAAAGAAGUCGUGUAAUUUUUUUUCCAAAUUCAAUAUGAAGUUCAUCACAUAAACUAUAGGUACUUAUGUUUCUCAACAUUCAGCUCUUCUUUUCCCAAUUUUGAGUUUACAAACAACUCACGGUCCUAACUUCAACUCUUUACCUGUCUGUGUACAUGCCUAAGAGUACCAUUGUUUAGCUUCAAUUAACCCAUUUUCGUUUGAUUAAUUUGUGGAUGGAUGCAUCGCAAGGUAGCAUACGUCGAAGCCCAAGACUCAUUGAGCUGACAAAGCAAAAACAACUAUGGCGAGCUCAAUAAAGCAAGGCAAGAGAAAAUGACCGAACAACAAAAAUAGGCGUUUAAUGAAAGAAGGCGUGCUGCUUAUCAAAAUCGGAAGACAAUAAUUAGUGGAGUCGGUACAAGUUCAAGCGUAAGUUUAUAACUCCGCUGGAGUGCGUAGAGUAGAAUCAAGUUUUGUCCCUCGGCGAAGCCCCAGAAUUCAGCUACGGAGAGAGCUUAGAGAAGCUUCGUAUUGCUAAAAGGGAAAGACGAAGUUCAAUGACUAAAAACCAUAAACAACAGAUGCUUGAAAAAUGCCGUACAACUUAUGAGAUGCGAAGAGUUGUUGAGCAACUUCAGCAUCAAGAUGUGCACACUGCAGAGGCAUCCGAAAGAGAAAGGGAAAGUCGGUUGCCCAUACCAGGUACCUUCCUGACACCAUUGAUGUUGCCAAGAUGACAACUGGGAUCUAUAGGCUGAGGAUAUUCACAAAUGGGCUCUUCCAGUUUAGAUACUUUGAUUCUUUAGGGUGUAAAUAGCAAAGUGCAUCCAGUUCCCCACUGUUCCAUCGUUAUUGCAUUUGAGUAGAUGGAGCUUCCCACUGGACUGAUAUUAUCAAGAUUACUAAAAUUCUAGGAGCUUGCUUCUCGGAAUGCAGACUGCUUCUAUGGCUAGCUAGAGUUUGGAUGUUUCCACUUGAACAGAGUACAAAUAAAUGCAACAGUCAUCUUCGGUCAUUAUGGGCUGGCACAGUUGCACUUCUCACUUUUUUUAUACAGUUUUAUUAGUUUUAAUGUUGGAAAGUAAGUGAUUGAGUUUGCAUUACACCAUCACUUUUGCGGUUUUGAUAUGAAACGGCACUCGCUUCGGGCUUGCGUCUUUGCUGGUGUUAAUAGUUGUUUCUCAAUCUCUGAGGUACAUUAUUGAAAUAUUUGUAAAGAAUGUAGGGGAAUUUUUUUGAGUGGAAGUGUACGGGAUGCUUACUGAGAUGCCUGAAGUCUCAGAGUUGCAUACUUGCAUCCAGUGCCUGAUGCUCACAUGCCACCAAGCUGUAAUAAAGCUCUAAUUUGGUGGAGUUUCCAAAGAUCUUAUAUAGUAGAAGCUCUAUAAAUCAAUGUUGUUGGGACCAAUAAAAUUAUAAAUUAAG